CACGUUUCUCAUCGCGCGGAACUGAAGGGAGGGAUCGGGGAUGGCUGACGUCGCGAGGCGUGAGGCCCCACUGUGCUCCGAGCAGUUCGGCUCCGGGGCGGCCCGGGGUUGCCGCCCCGCCGCCGACGGGAGCCUGCGGUGGGAGGCCUGGGGGCGGCGCUGGUGGGGGUUCUCCGGGGCCUUCACAGGGAAACCCGGAGGACGAGAUGGGGGCGGAGGGGUGGCUCCCGGGAGGGCCUCCCCACCUCUGUCCCCGCUCCUGGCCAUGUUUCUGCCGCAGGGCUUCCCCGAUAGCGUCAGCCCGGACUAUCUGCCCUACCAGCUGUGGGAUUCCGUGCAGGCCUUUGCUUCCAGCCUCUCGGGCUCCCUGGCCACCCACGCCGUCUUGCUGGGCAUAGGGGUAGGCAACGCAAAAGCCUCAGUUUCAGCUGCCACGGCCACCUGGCUUGUGAAAGAUUCAACUGGCAUGCUGGGUCGCAUCGUCUUUGCCUGGUGGAUGGGGAGCAAAAUGGACUGUAAUGCCAAGCAAUGGAGGCUUUUUGCUGACAUCCUCAAUGAUGUAGCCAUGUUCCUCGAGAUUAUGGCUCCCAUAUUCCCCAUCUGUUUCACCAUGACCAUCUGCAUCAGCAACCUGGCCAAGUGCAUUGUGAGUGUGGCUGGCGGGGCCACUCGGGCCGCGCUGACCAUGCAUCAGGCCCGGAGAAACAACAUGGCCGACGUGUCAGCCAAGGAUGGCAGCCAGGAGACGCUGGUAAGCCUGGCAGGGCUCCUGGUCAGCCUCUUGAUGCUUCCCCUGGUGUCUGAUUGCCCCCGCUUAAGCCUCGGUUGUUUCUUCUUCCUCACUGCCCUCCACAUCUAUGCCAACUACCGGGCCGUCCGUGCCCUUGUCAUAGAGACCCUGAAUGAGGGCCGGCUCUGGCUGGUCCUGAAGCACUUCCUUCAGAGGGGAGAGGUGCUUGGCCCCACAACAGCCAAUCAGAUGGAGCCACUGUGGACAGGUUUCUGGCCGUCUCUGUCUCUGUCCCUGGGGGUCCCCCUACACCGCUUGACCUCCAGUGUCUUAGAGCUGCAGCAGCUGGUUGAGGGGCACCGAGAACCUUACCUGCUUCGCUGGGACCAGUCACGAAACCAGGUACAGGUUGUUCUGAGCCAGAUGGCAGGCCCUGAGACUGUUCUAAGGGCUGCCACUCACGGGCUGGUGCUUGGAGCCCUGCAGGAAGAUGGACCCCUCCCAGGGGAGCUGGAGGAACUGAGGAACCGAGCACGGGCAGGUCCUGAGAAAGAGAGCUGGGUCAUUGUCAAGGAAACGCACCAAGUGUUAGACAAGCUAUUCCCAAAGUUCUUGAAAGGACUGCAGGAUGCGGGCUGGAAGACUGAGAAACACCAGCUAGAGGUGGAUGAGUGGAGGGCCACAUGGCUCCCGUGCCCAGAAAAGAAGGUCUUGUGAGCAGCCCCAGCCUGAGGCCCAGUCUCAGGACAGGAGCCUGGAGCAAGGACACUUGGGCCACAGCAGGACAUGGAAAAGAUGGUUUUAUUUUUACUUAUGGGAAGUGCUGUGACCGGUCAGCCAGGACCUCACAGGAAGUGACUGCCUGUCAGAUGGACUGGGCCCUAGGCAGAGACAAGGCAGAGAGAAGGGGUACCGGGGCCUUCCCCCACCGCUCUCCUGCCCCAGGCCCUUCUCACCGCUGCAUGCUCCCCACCCCUACUCAUUGUGAGGCUGAGCACUGCCCUGGCUGUGGCUCGCGGUGUCCAGCACGGUUGGCCUCAGGCAUAAAAGCCCCAGAGGAACGUGGCCACGGCCAUCAUGAGCAGGGCAUUGAGGUUGACGACACGGGCCCAACUUGGGUCCUCACUGAUGUCCUCCAGCCGCUUGGUUGCUGCAGCCAUCUCCUCCUGGGUGGGGGGUGGGGGACUGCCUGCCCCACCCCUGCUCAUUCCACAGAACCAGAGCAGGCACUGGCGGAGCAGUCCCGGCUUUGGGGAUGGGGCCUCUGGGAGAAAUUGAGGCCUGACAGUUAGUCUGAGGAAACUUCCCAGCUCCCUCACCCAGACACCCGGGGCAGUGCCUUACCCUCCAUCUCCACUGCGUGUUCAGGACACCCAUUCUGUACCGGGGGUGAGGCUGGACCUUCUAGCUCAUCAGCAUCCAGGUCCUCCCGCUCCUCCUUGCUGUGCCGAAGACUAAAAACCAGGCGGUGGAGCUGGGGAAGGGUGGGAGCAGGCACUGAGUGGCAGUGCCAUCCCCCACCCCAGAUCUUGAUGUCUGUUGUCCACUCUGGCCCUCCCUAACCUGCCUGUGUCCAGCCCGCACACCCAGCCCAGGCUCACUCCAGGCUGAUCUUCCAUGGCUGCCCUUUGCCUUCAGACUAAACCCAGACUCUUCAGCUGGGCAUUUAAAGCUCUGGGCCUUGCUGGCCCCUCUGCUUCAUCACCCCAAGUCCCCUGUCUACACUCACAGUGGUAGUGCUUUAGACUCCACUCUUACAAUCUCGAUUGCAUGGUGUCCUUCCUGGGGGAAUUUGCUCAGAGGGUUUCCUUCUGCUGCCUUACCCCUUCUCCACCAGUGGAAUCCUGCCCAUCCUUCCGGGCCCAGCUCUCUGUCCUGCCCCCCAGUCGGCUCUGCCGUGGAACACCUGCCUUACAGCAGCGCAAGACCAAAGUGGGCUUUCAGGAUGGCACUCUGUCCCUCUCUGCCACCAGUCAGGUCCUGUGUUUUUAGUCCCAAAGGCCAUGCCAAGACUCUGGGGGCCUUAGCCUCCCCCAAAAUCUUCAAGCCACCUCCAAACCACCUCAAAUAAAUGUCAUUUAAAUAAAAA